AUGCGAAAAAAGUUAAUAAAGGCUUUUAACUGGUGGUUGAAUAUCGAUCAGGAGAAGUUAGAUAUUCUGGAAGAGAUAAUCGAAACACUUCAUAAUGCGAGCCUAAUAAUCGAUGAUAUAGAGGACAGUUCCGAUCGUCGGCGAGGUAAACCCUCCGCACACAUGCUUUUCGGCGUCCCCUUGUCGAUAAACGCCGCCAACUACGCAUAUUUCAUCGCGUUGGAAAAGGCUCUUACUCUCAAACAUCCAGAUGUUCCGAAAAUCUUCGCUGAACAAAUGGUCAAUCUUCACCGUGGCCAAGGUUUGGACAUCUACUGGCGAUGCUCGCUCAAGUGUCCCUCUGAGGAGGAGUACAAGGACAUGGUCAUACGAAAAACUGGUGGCCUCUUCGGUAUGGCUGUAAACUUCAUGCAACUCUUCUCUGCUAACACCACCGACUACAAACCACUUCUGGAUGCACUCGGCCUGUGGUUUCAAAUUCGUGAUGAUUUUGCUAACCUUGUGGAUACCUCUUACCACGAGGCGAAGGACUUUGCGGACGACCUAACGGAGGGCAAGUUCAGCUUCCCAGUGGUGCACGCGAUCAACAGCUUCCCUGACGACCACCAGGUGAUGGCCAUUCUGCGCCAGCGCACCUCCAAUCGCGCCGUGAAGGAGCACUGCAUUCAACACCUCCGCAAACUCGGCUCCCUUGCCCACACUGCGCGCACCCUCAUCCGACUGGAGCUGGAGUGUAGACGCAUUGUAGAGGAAUUAGGUGGGAAUCCGCACGUGAUGCUGUUCUUUGAGGAGUACUCGAAGGCCUCGGAAGGCAGUGACUCGGAAAAAGCAGAAAAACGUCGCUUUGAGUUACAUUACGACUCCCUUAAUGACAGUGGCGAAAAGUCCAACGUUCCCACAGGACUGCAAAUGUUCUCAGCCUACCGUCAGGGCAUCUUAAACCCAGACAUAGUCAGCACACAAGCUGCCGCAUCAAAGAUGGGAGAAGGGGAAAAGGGGAAUGAGCCCACCACCUCCGGUGCAGUGAGGGUUCCCCCCACUUGGUUGAAAUCUCGUAGUGUGCUCGGUCGUCUGGCUUCUGGUCACGUUCCUACAAUCCCAGGUGUCCCUUCUUCCUCAUCUGCCUCGGCCACUUCGAUCACGGCUACUCAAAAGAUUCCUUACGAGCCUCAGUCAACUCUUACGAAGGCUGGAGUUCCAGUGGACUGCAAAAACUUGCUGGUUAGUCAACGCCAGAGAGGGAAUCCACUCCUGGAAUUGAUUCGCCACGUUCCUUGGGAGUACGCGGCGAUUGAGCCCGACUAUGUGUUCGGUCCCAGCCAGUGUGCGUUCUUUCUCAGUCUGCGAUAUCACAACCUAAACCCGGAGUACAUCUUCGAGCGGCUUCAGAAACUCAAGUCCACCUUUCAGCUCAUCGUGCUCAUUGUGUUAGUCGAUGUGGACGACGCUCAUCAUCCUUUGAAGGAGCUGAACAAAUUCGGUCUCACACAGAACGUCACAGUACUGCUUGCUUGGAGCUUUCUUGAAGCGGCGCGCUACGUAGAGUGCUUUAAAGUGUCAGUGAAUAAGCCACCAGAGGAGCUGCAGUCCGAAGCAGCGGUUUCAACGGCGCAGAAAGACCAGUUAACUCUUGCCACCGACUUUUUCACCUCCCUUCGUAUCGUCUCGCGGUCGGAUGCCGCUGCUCUCCUCUCCCGCUUUCGGGGAGUUUUCAGCACCUUCGCACCGUCAUAG